CCCUGACCACAUUUGUCAGGCUCACUCAUCACUUUCACAUACACACCACCCAACCAAAGCCAACCCAUGGCGGCGUCUCUAAUUCAAACGUCUCUACACCAAUGUCCAUUUCUUCCUUCUUCACAUUCCACCACCACCACCACCGUCAAAUUCACCGUCUCAUGUUGCUCCGUUUCGUCAGCCGUGGUGAACGGAAACGUGGACAUGAAAGCAAUUGAUAGAAAUGAAAUUAGACUAGGUUUGCCUAGUAAAGGUCGUAUGGCUUCCGACACCCUCGACCUUCUCAAAGAUUGCCAAUUAUCUGUUAGGCAACCUAAUCCCCGGCAAUACGUUGCGGAUAUCCCUCAGCUAUCAAAUGUGGAAGUUUGGUUUCAGCGCCCAAAAGAUAUUGUACGGAAACUAGUUUCAGGAGAUUUAGACCUUGGUAUUGUUGGUCUUGACACGCUUAGUGAACAUGGGCAGGGAAAUGAAGAUCUAAUUCUUGUUCAUGAUGCACUUGCAUAUGGAGAUUGUCGUUUAUCUCUUGCAAUUCCUAAAUAUGGGAUAUUUGAGAAAAUUAAUUCAGUCAAAGAACUAGCACAGAUGCCUCAAUGGACUGCUGAGAAGCCUCUCAGAGUUGCCACUGGUUUCUCAUAUUUGGGUCCUAAGUUUCUAAAGGAUAAUGGGCUUCAGCACGUUAAUUUUUCAACUGCUGAUGGGGCACUGGAGGCAGCUCCUGCGAUGGGAAUUGCGGAUGCUAUUGUAGAUCUUGUUAGUAGUGGAACCACAUUGAAAGAAAACAAUCUUAAAGAAAUUGAAGGUGGAGUGCUCCUAGAAAGUCAGGCUGUCCUGGUUGCUAGUAAGAAGUCUUUACUCCAGCGGAAAGGCUUAUUGGACACUACACAUGAAAUUCUAGAAAGAUUUGAGGCACAUUUAAGGGCACUUGGUCAAUUCACGGUUGUUGCCAAUAUGAGGGGAAGCAGUGCAGAGGAAGUAGCUGAGAGAAUUCUGAGCCAACCGUCGUUAUCUGGACUUCAGGGACCUACUGUAAGUCCAGUUUUUCGCAAAAUUGAUGGUGAGGUAAAGGCUGAUCAUUACGCCAUUGUGAUUUGUGUACCGAAGAAGUUACUCUACAAAUCAGUCCAGCAGCUGAGAGCGAUUGGAGGCAGUGGCGUUCUGGUGUCUCCUUUGACCUAUAUUUUUGAUGAAGAAACUCCUAGAUGGCAUCAACUGCUUUCCAAAUUGGGGCUUUAAGAUUAUAUAUGAUUUGUACCCAUUACAGUUGUAGCACUUAUUGUAAAAGCAAUUGGUAGAUUUAAAUUUUGGCGAAGUAGUUUUUUUCUCUCCAGGUUACUUAUUUAAACUGC